AUGGCCGGUGCUGCCAAAAGAAGUAUGCCGGGUAACUCAGAUUCGUCUAAGCGCCGAAAGGGCGAAUGGAAACAACAGCGCAGUCGGAAUGACAUCGAAAGUGGUGAAAUCGGCGUCUUUGUGACUUGUGAAAAGGGCAAAGAAAGUAAAUGCUGCGCCGAGGUUACAGAUAUCUUCUCCGACAUCAUUGAAAAAUCAGCCGAACAUGGCGCAGAUGAGGACUCAGAUUCCGAUGAUGCUGAUAUCGAAGCCCAAAUUCAAAGAGAGCUCGAAGGCUUGAGCGCCAGCAAGAAGAAAUCGCGUCCAGUCCAAACCAUGCAGCUAGAUAUGCCCUGUGUUAUCUUUGCCCGACUUAAUGAUAAGUCAGUUGAUCCAGUUGAGCUAGUCCAUAAGCUGUGCGUCGAUGCACAAGCCAAUCCGGAUAAGAAGCAGAGCCGAUUCAUUAAGCGGUUGACUCCGAUCACCAUGAUCAGGAAGACUCUGAGUGUGGAUCUAGAAGCCUUCGCAAAGGAGAUUCUCAAGCCACACUUCCACUCCGGAGGUCCACCAAAGAAGUAUGCUAUCCGACCCACUGUGAGAGGUAACAGCAAGAUCAAUCGUGAUACUAUCAUCAAGACUGUUGCCGAUGCCGUCGGCCCUGAGCAUCCUGUGGAUCUUAAGAAUUACGAUUUGACUAUCCUGGUUGAUGUUGUUCAGAACGUCAUCGGAAUGAGUGUCGUAGGAAGUGAUUAUGAUGAUUUGAAACGGUAUAAUAUUGCAGAGAUUUACGAGCCUUCACCCAAGGGACAAGCGACACCGGCCAAGACUGAGAGGGAGCCAGAAGUGAAGCCUUAG